AUGAUUAUGCGCCCUUAUUUUUUACUAUUUUCCUUAGGAGAUUUACAAUUAAAGUUUAUAAGAUCAAUAUGUAUGUAA